AUGGCGCAGCAGGACUACAAGUUCGAAGGAUGGAUGGGCCUGGACAAGAACUCGGCGGACGGCAACAUGGUCUGGCAGGAGUUUGAGCCAAAGCCUUGGGAAGAAACGGAUGUUGAUAUCAAGAUCACGCACUGCGGUAUCUGCGGAUCUGACUUGCACACUCUCCGAAGUGGUUGGAGACCUGCUCUUUACCCUUGCUGUGUAGGCCACGAGAUCGUUGGCACGGCCGUCCGCGUCGGUUCCAAGGCCGUUGGAGGCAUCAAGGUUGGAGACCGAGUCGGAGUCGGUGCGCAGAGUGACGCCUGUGUGGGCCGCUUCGGCGACUGUCCCGAAUGCGCAAUGGGCUGGGAGAACUACUGCUCGCACAAGUUUGUGUCAACUUACAACAGCGUGCAUUUCAAUGGCGGUAAAUCCUACGGUGGUUACGGGUUGUAUAACCGUUGUCCUUCCCACUUUGUGAUCAAAAUCCCCGAUGCUGUUCCCUCUGCCGAAGCUGCGCCGAUGCUUUGUGGCGGUGUCACUCUCUAUGCCCCGUUGAAGCAUAACAACUGCGGGCCUGGAAAGCGCGUCGGAAUUAUUGGUGUUGGAGGUCUUGGACACUUUGGUGUUCUCUUUGCUAAGGCUUUGGGUGCUGAUAAAGUUGUUGCUAUCUCGCGAAAGAAGGGGAAGAGCGAGGAUGCGCUGAAGAUGGGCGCUGAUCUCUAUAUCGCGACUGACGAUGAGCCGGACUGGGCUACCAAGUACGCUCGCUCUUUGGAUUUGAUUGUUUGCACCGUCUCCUCGACUAAGAUGCCUAUGACCGAGUAUGUUGGCCUGCUUGCAACGAAUGGCAGCUUUGUGCAGGUUGGUCUGCCUGAGGACGGAACGCUCAAUGCACCAGUUGCGAACCUGAAGCGCCGUCUCAAGAUGGAGAGCUCUCUCGUCGGAAGCCCGAACGAGAUUAGGGAGAUGUUUGCACUGGUUGCGGAGAAAGGCGUGAAGCCAUGGAUUGAAGAGGUCCCUAUGAAGGACGCCAACAAGGCUAUUGUCGAUAUGCACGAAGGCAAGGCCCGAUACCGCUAUGUGCUGGUGAACGAGGAGCACUAA